UCUGCUUUCAACAUGGGGACCAUGAGAUUUAUUCUACUUACACUGCUUCUCUGUUCAACUGUUCUGGUUCAAGGUACCACUAAUGAUCCUGUAACACCAGAAACUGCUACUGCACCUCCUGAAACCACUAAGGAUUCUGUAACACCAGAAACUGCUACUGCACCUCCUGAAACCACUAAGGAUCCUGUAACACCAGAAACUGCUACUGCACCUCCUGAAACCACUAAGGAUCCUGUAACACCAGAAACUGCUACUGCACCUCCUGAAACCACUAAGGAUCCUGUAACACCAGAAACUGCUACUGCACCUCCUGAAACCACUAAGGAUCCUGUAACACCAGAAACUGCUACUGCACCUCCUGAAACCACUAAGGAUCCUGUAACACCAGAAACUGCUACUGCACCUCCUGAAACCACUAAGGAUCCUGUAACACCAGAAACUGCUACUUCACCUCCUGAAACCACUAAGGAUUCUGCAACACCAGAACCUCCUAAACCUACAGAUCCAUGCGAUCCCAACCCUUGCCCUGAAAACAGCAAGUGUGAGGAGAUUGCUGAUAAAAAGCACAGAUGUAUUUGUGAUGCUGGACUCAACUACAAUGAAAACACAAAAGAGUGUGAAAAAGCAAAAGUCUUCCCUGGAGACUUGACAGUGAAAGGAACAUAUAACGACAAGCUGGCAGAUAAAACCUCUAAGGAGUUUAAAGAAAUGUCAGAUAACAUUGUUGCUGAACUCAAGGAAGCAUUUAAAGACCAAAAGGGAUACCUUUCCUCAGUGGUCCUCAGUCUACGGAAAGCUACUACCAAAGUGCUGUACAGGACAACAGGUGUCAUAGCUGAGGUUGAAAACCUCUUUGAUGUUACAUCUGCUGUCAAAGAAAGUGAAGUAAAAACGGCUAUUGAAGGAUCUAAGGGUACAGUGUUAGCUGGGGCAGCAUUCACAGCAACGGAUCCAUGUGAGAAGUCUGAUCCAUGCAGUGCGGCGACGACCACAGCAUGCAUUUAUAAAGAUGCUCAGGUCAAUUGCACUUGUAGGGACGGGUUUGCAUGGACAGAGCCCAACAAUUUCGUCAUGUGUGGAGUAUGCCCAAGUGGUAAAAAGGCAGAUGUUGGAGAGUGUAUAGAUUGUCCAAUUGGCUACAGUGGAAUUAACUGUGAAGACAAUUACCUGCUGAUAGUGAUUGUGGUGUCCAGUGUGCUUGGUGUGCUGAUGGUUGUCUCUAUGUCUGUCACUACAUAUGCCUUCCUUGGAAAACCAAAACUCAAGAAAGGGAAGAAAGAGAAGAAGGACCAGUCUAAAGGCAAUGAUAUUGGUUUGAGCUAUCAAAACCCGAUGACUAACGGCAAACCAAGCUUCAUGGUUCCACGCGCUGGCGGGGGCACGGAUAUGGUCAAUAAUUACACCAGGCCCAACACAAACGUGGACCGUACCGCCAACAUGAACGGCUAUCGCGCCAACACGCCGACAGGUAUGGAGAGCAACGGUGGCGGUAUGGGUGGCUACCGCGCUCAGGCUGGCCAGGGCCUUGACCGAUCUGCAAACAUGAGCGGCUACCGUGCCAACACGCCCACUAAUGCGGGCAUAGGCGGAGGUGGCAUGGGCGGAGGAGGCAUGGGCGGAGGUGGCAUGGGCGGCUACCGUGCCAACACCUCCUCUAAUGUGGGCAUGGGCGGCGCCCGUGUCCAGGCAAACCAGAACCAAGCCAAAGACUGGGGGAGGCCAUCCUAUGAAGAACCAAAGAACUCAAACUAUGGCAUGCCUCGUGUAGGCCAAGCCAAUCAGCCCCGUAACAAUCCCUACAGCUCCUUUAAUGAUCGCAGAACCCCAUACUAAAGCCAGGCUUUAAUACUAAUCCAGUCAAUGAGAGAGAGAGAGAGAGAGAGAGAGAGAGAGAGAGAGAGAGAGAGAGAAAGAGAGAGAG